UGAGCACGGAAACAUUUACCCGUGUAGAGUUUUUAUUUUUAAUGUGUCUUCUAAUGUCGAGGCUAAAGAAUAUCAAAGUCUUAGCUUUCAUACAACUUUAAAGUUCUAAAUACCAAGCUUAGUAUAAGUGAAGAGCCUGGAUUUUGUGAGCAAGAAUUUGUAAAUUAUAAGUCGCUUGUCAAUCAAGUACGCACUUCUGACACGAACACGAAAGUGGAGAUGUUUUGAGCACGGCAAACUGCUGUACUGCAGAAAACAGUUUGAUUUUACGUGGGAAGAACGAUCAAAAAGAGUUAUGGAAACAAAUAAUAUCGCAACGUUUAUUAGGGAUCGUGAAGUCAAGGUAAGGUUCUUUUUUUUUCUGAAUUUGAAUAAUACACAGCGUUGGAGCGCAGUUUAACCCUACAUUUUUUCUUCAUUUUUGAAUUGUCUUCUCUAUAGUCGUCCAUCACGCGAGCUUUCCAGAGAAGAUUUCAACUCCAUCAACCUUUUGUUGAAAGGCUUGGACUCGAAACAGAGCUCGAGGUAAUGUAAGGUUUUGCUGAAUUAAAAAUCAGCGUCAUAAUAUUAUCAGACAAACUCUUUCUUGCUAGCUACAAUUCAAAUCCAAGUCUUUUCAAUGUUUAUUUUUAGUCUGCCGGGUUUUCUAUCGGAUUCAAUAUAUAUAUUUUUUGUCCUAUCCACAACUGAGGCUAAGCAACUGUGUUUUCUAGAUUGCAUGGUUCGCGGAAGUGUGAAACUUGCCCAGCGUUUUGCCUAAUUUAAUGCAGAAAUCGUAAAUCAGUUUUGCCAUUCGUUAAGAAAGCGCUUUGAAAUAAACAGGAAUGUUGACCAACUUAAUUAAUGCUAGCGAAACUUUGACGUCUUCUUACAUAGGACAAGUUGAUCUUGAAAUUUAGCUGGGGCCACUUAAUUCAAAUUUCUGAGGUUUUUUUAUGGAAUUAUUUUGUGACUCACAAUUGUGGUGAGGAUAUUGCUUUUUCUUAUGUUGUCCGAUAAGAGAUCCGAUAUAAGCUUGUCAGUAACGAUAAUAGACGCUUUAGUCCACGGGAGCUUUCGUGUCAUCAAGUUAUGUUUUAGAGGAAAUGGGAUUAAUACUCUUUUCUGGAUUAAUAGACGAUCAGAAUAUUCGGAAACAUGUUAAAAAGGUACUGCAGGUUUUAAACUAUAGAAGGGUUUCCAUUUUGCCAAGGCUCGGUAGCCUGUUUUUGUUACUAAUUAAACUAUCGUGUUUUUCAACUAGGGUCAUUCUGGAUGUGUUAAUUGUUUGGAGUGGAAUGAAAAUGGAAAGUAAGUGAUAGUUUGUAACCGGGUUUCCUUUACUGCCAACAGCCAAUGACACCAAAUAUUUUAGGUAAUAAUUAUAUAAUAAUUACACAAUAUUGAUAAUAAUUAUUUUAAUGUAUGGUUAGUUAUUAACUUUUAACUGUUGUUUGUACUCUAAUGUGUUCACCUUGUGACAUGUAAAGCUAAAAAUUUAUAGCAAUGUGUGCUCCUCUUGCAGUCUUCUUUUGUCUGGUUCAGAUGAUCUAAAUGCUAUAUUAUGGGACCCUCUGAGACGUCACAAAAAGUGCUGCAUUAAAACAGGCCACUCAGGAAACAUCUUCUCUGUCAAGGUAUUACAUUCAAGAAGAUGCUUACCAUAUAGUAGAUAAAAAUUUGACUUCCCAUGUCAUCACUGUACCACUGGUAAUAUUUAGGGAGUCCUAGAACCUUUGAAGUUAGAGCAAUGAGUGAUAUUAAGGCAUGGGAGGGAGGGGGAGGGGGUAUGACUGAGGAAUAGGCUAAGCGGAAAACUGCAGGCUUGGUUGGAUGAGGCUACUAUAGGGGGCUUGUAUUAGUAUUGAGGUUGUGGCUGCUCUGGUCUGAGAAUGUGAUGAGACUGGAUUUUGCCACAUUAUGGUAUUCCUCUAUGUAACCAUUAAAAAAAAUUAUCCACAUUGUGCUUUCUAGUUCUUGCCACAGAUUGGAGCUCGAAUAAUUGCAACAGCUGCUGCCGAUGCUAAAGUUCAGAUUCAUACAGUGGAAACACAAGAAACAUCACAGGUAUAUAAAUGUCAUAUUGGACGUGUGAAGAGACUAGCUACAGCUCCAGAUACUCCGUAUAUGUUGUGGAGUGCAUCUGAAGAUGGAACCAUAAGGUAAUUGAUCUAUUAGCCUAAAUAUCGAUGAAGUAGUAAACUGGUGAAACAUAAAGGUGAUGUGAUAUGUAUAAAAAAAAAAGAUCUUAUUUUCCUGAAAGAAAUAGAGAAAUAGAAAUUUUGUUAAAGAAAUAGAGAAAGAUGUUUUUUCAUCUUGUGACAAGCUUGAGACAAAGAAAAAUUCUGAGUCCUCAUCAGGAAUGGAACCUCAGACCUUCACAUUCCAUGCUUUGAUGCUCUACCAGUGAGCCACAAAGAUGCUACGGUGAACAAGAUCUAUUAUGAAGUUCAUAUUACACAAAUCCUGCAUACUGCUAGGAUCAGCAAUGUCAAUAGCAUUAUGUUUAUAAAUAGAAUAAUCUAUUUCUUUACUGAGUUCAAAACUUACCAUCUCUCGUAUUCUAUUUACAAACAUGACAUUAUUGACAUUGCUGAUCCUAACAGUAUGCAGGACACAUGUCAUAUGAACUUCAUAGUAGAGUCUGAGGCUCAGUGGUAGAGCAUCGCAGUGUGGAAUCCAAAGGUCUGAGGUUCAAUUCCUCUUGGGGACUCAGAAUUUUUUGUUUGUCCCAUGCUUGUGACGAGGAAAAAACAUCUUUCUUUGAUAUAUAACUUAUGAAUGAAUGAUUUAUUUGUGGUAUUGUAAUAUGCUAAUAAGGCUGUGUGGUACAGAGCAUACUGCUGAAUGCCUUGUUGGCAAAGCCAGGUUUGAGUUCAAUUCCAGGGAGUUUAAUCUCAUUUAAUCUUGUUGAAUGAAAGAGUUUCUUUGAGCCCAUGAUAAGUAAAGAUACUGGCUUUAAAUUGAAUUUUUGUUCUGCACUUGUGUCUUGGUGUUUGUAUUUAGUUUAUGGAGAGUCUGCAAAGUGAAUGGCACUAAACUGUUCAAAUAUUAUAGGCUUCUCUUUUCCUGGUUUGCAUUUAGUCAAUCCUGGUUUGAAAAUAAUUGCUGCAUAAUUUGUUGUUUUCAACAGGCAAUUUGAUUUGCGGCAACCUCACAACUGUAAUACAAGCAGUAAGAACUGCAAGAAUGUACUCAUAAAUCUCAACAUUUAUGUUGGUGCCAUGGCAGAGGCAAAGUGUCUAGCAAUAAAUCCUUUACAACCUGAACUUCUUGCUGUUGGCUGCAAUGAUCCUUUUGUGCGAUUAUAUGACCACAGAAUGUUAGCAUCUUCUAGUUUGUCUGCUGAGGUCAAGAGACCCUCUAGUGGUAACAGCAGCUGUACUGAGGAUUUAAAGCUUCCCCCUGGUUGUGUUCAGUACUUUGCUCCUGGCCAUUUGCCACCACAGCUGAGCAAAGAUUCACGGAGACGAUUUCGAGCCUAUGUUGCCACCUAUGUGAAUUUUUCACCAAAUGGAUGUGAACUUAUUGCAAAUUUAGGUGGUGAACAAAUAUAUUUGUUUGAUAUUAAACGCCAUCGCAAAGCCAUGAGGUAUCAAGGUUUUAAUGGACUUUGUUCAUCACCUACAUCGAAUGGUGUGGUGAAAAAUGUAGUAGGUAAUUUUGGUAUUCCUUCAGGGAAAAAUGGAUUUUUAAAUUCUCUUAAUGGAUCUACAAAUGGUUACAAGGUCUCAGCCUUAAAUGGAAAGAAAACUGUCUCAGAGAAAAGAUCUUCAAAGCCUAUAAGUGGCUGCAGUUCUUCAACUAACACCUCCCAGCAAUUGCCCCUGAAAGCACUUCAACUUAAGGAGAAAGGGAAUGAUGCCUUCUGCCAACAACAGUUUUGGACAGCAGUUAACUUGUAUAAUGAAGCAAUAGUCCAUGCAUCUGAUUCUGCUGUCCUAUAUGCAAACAGGGCUGCUGCUUAUAUUAAGAGGGCUUGGUAUGUAAUGACCUGACUUAGCUGUGUUUUGCAAGAUAUGUGGGAAAGUGAUUAUUGUAUUACAAACUGACUCCUCAUUUAUUGUCACAAAGAUAUUACAAAAAAGUUUAGGGAUCAGAAUGCCUCAUGGGAGUGGGAAACACAGUGACCCAAAUGGUCCGCCUGAGGUUUGGGUUCAAGACCUAGCAGGGUAGUUGGAUUGUGUUCUCACACAACACUCUUAACUCUCACUUAACCCUCAUGGUGCCUCUACCAACCAAAAGUAGAAAUGGAUCCUGAUAAUGGGAAAGGGAUUGCAAUGCUAGGGGGAAGUCUGGGAAGGACCAGCUUCACAUCAGAUUGUGGGGGAGGGACAAUACUCUUGGUGGCUUCAUACUACAGCAUGGGCCACUGUCCUCAAAUAAAGACUAUUUCUUGAUUCAUAACUAGGGGAAACUAUUGCCAUUAACUUCCACUUUGGCUGUGAUAACAAAAUGCUUAUUUCAAACAAAUUGUUUUUUCGUUCUUUACAGGGAUGGGGACAUCUAUGCUGCUUUGCGUGACUGCUACAGAGCUCUGGGAUUAGACCCAAAUCAUACUAAGGCCCAUUUUCGUCAAGCUCGAUGUUUGUAUGAACUACACUGGUUCCAGGAGGCCCUCUCCUGCCUCAAUCAUUUCAAGUUAAAAUUUCCAGAGCAAGCAGAAGGAAGUGCAGCAAAAACAUUAGAGAGAGAUAUCAGAGCUGCUGCAUUUGCUGAGACUUGUGGUGGGUGUACUUGGACAGUAAUAAGUUCAAUGUUAUUUCUGGGUCUGGAUGUUUGAAAACCUUGAUGUAUGCUAAUUCACCAUGAAAUAUGUAAACCAGCAAUUGCAUCACUUUCACUGACAAUUUUAGUUUCCUAGUGGCAAAUUUUCAUGUGCAAACUAUCUAGGAUUGGGUCAAAUAGGCUGGUAUCUAAUGGAAGUCUCAAAUUUCCUGAUAAAAUCAAUUUGUGCCUACCUGCUUCCACCUCUGGGGUAGUCAGAGGAAAAGAGCAGAGUCUCUUUCAACAGAAACUCUGAUGAAAACUGAACAAAAAAUUACAGCCAGAAAUCAUUCAUAACAGGUUUGAGAACGUUGUUACGAUUGUUUCAUUCAGCAUUUUUGUGAUUAGCUUGAGUCAGUGUUAUUCUUAGUGACUUGAGAUACUCUUAUAUGUCUAGAAAACAGUGAAGGAGAGUCAAAUGCUCAGUCUGAACCACUUCCAAAUCGGCGCAGGAGACGGCCUAGCAUUGUGUCUGAUCAAGAGAAAGAAUUUCGAGCUGGAGCACUUGAUUACGAUCGGCGGUUCUGUGGACAUUGUAACACAACUACAGAUAUAAAAGAGUCCAACUUUUUUGGCAACAACGGACAGUUUAUUGUGGCAGGCAGUGAUGAUGGUUCAUUUUUCAUGUGGGACAAAGAGACAACGAAUUUAGUGAGAGUUCUAAAGGGAGAUGAUUCUAUUGUGAAUUGCUUGCAACCACAUCCAAGCAUGUGUCUUCUGGCUACAAGUGGAAUUGAUCCUGUAAUCAGAUUGUGGAGUCCGUGUCCAAGGAGUGGAGAUAUACAAGAUAGACUUAUAGAUGAAGUUGAAGCUGCUGCAAGGGCAAAUCAGCGUAGAAUGAAUGCUGAUCCUUUGGAAGUGAUGCUUAUGAACAUGGGAUACAGAUCAAGAUUCACCAUGGGAGAGGGUAGUGAUGAAGAUGACACUGAAACCCCAAUACAGUGUCGUACUAGUUAGACAACAAAUUUAUUUUACCAUUCAAUAAAACUAGAACUCACCCAAAUAGGUCAUGUGUGGAUGUAAGAUACUUGCAAAAUAAGCUGUCCAGUUUUGGACAUAUAGUGUAAAAACAAAUGGAAUUACAAGUUUUUACUGAUCAAAAAUAACCCAUCCUCUCUCCUCAAUUUCUUCCCUUUCCUUCAGCCAUCAAUUCAUGGAUGUAGUCUCCCUCAAGCUUGUUUUUGAUUGAAUGGGUAUCAGUGACAGUGACUCCCUGGUGAUGGCUGCAAAGGAAUGCUGAGCUUUGGACAAGGUGGAUGGGUAUUUUUUAAAAUCAGUCAUGAAUGUCAUCUUGUUUAAAGUGGUCAGAAAUGUUUUGGAUUACAUGCGAUACAUGUUUUUCCAGGCCAACUAGGGUAACAAAUUUAAAGCCUUUUUUCCAAGAAAUGAAAGUUGCUGCCAUUGACCCCUCUAGUCCUUUGUUAAAAGCUUAAUAAUUUAACUAAGGAUAGUUGUCCAAUACCAGGUGAUAACACAUUUGACCUUGCCAGGACAAGUAGCUGACCAGCUGUUUGUUGACCAUACUCAGGUCUUCCAAACCCUCCAGAAUGUUGUUUGGGAGAGUUUUGAUGUCAUGGCUUUUGUGUUGCAUUUUUAUUUAAAUGAACCCAAGACACAAAUGUCACUGAGGGAUAGUAUCUUGGUUUUCUUAGAUUGCUCUGGUGAGUUUUUGAUAUGCUAAUUGGACAUUUUAUAUGACAUCAACAAUGAGGUUACCUUUGAUUACAAAAUUUAUCACUUAAUUUGUUUUUUAUACUUGGUAGAUUUCUUUGUAGAAAAAGCUAACAAUGAAUGGUACUGAAGUAAUUAUCAACUAUGGAAGCUGAUUUAAACUUCUUCGAUGUAUGGCUGCACAUCAUAGAUAGUCAGAAAUGGGGAUAUGGUUUACAACGAAUUUAAUUCUCAAACCUAACUUGUAGUUAAGAUAUUUUUGCAAACAUUGGCAACCAUAUUAUUGAUGGCUCCAAGUGAAAUUUAAAGGUCUCUCCUGUACAUUUCUGGGCAUUUGUCCCCUAUGUACAUUUCCAAGUACAUUUUUUUUUGUAAUUUCAAGUUUUAGGAGUGAAAAAAAUAAACUGUGAUAACAUGCUUCUAAGCUGUCUUCACCACUGUAAUGAG